CCUCGCUCUCACACAGCUACCAAUAGGAACAGGAAGCUUGGAAACAGGAAAAAAGUCCCUGAGAAGGAAGAAAAACUUGAGAUUUCGUUUUUUUAAAAAAUGAGCAGAAUCUAUAACAACACGUCUUUACAGAACAAACCGGUGCACAAUGAGAGUUUUGACCGCGUGUGGUGUCCUGCUUCGUAUGAAAGUGGUCCUGGGGUUCUUCUAGAGGGGAAGCUGAUGGAUGUUUCCAGACAUUCAGUCAGUGACAUCGAUGGACAAAAGGUACGUUUCUACGUGCUGUACAUCAAACCCGGACGCAUCCAUCAGAGGAAAUUCGAAGCCAGUGGGAAGGAGGUGGAGCCGAACUUCAGCGACACCAGAAAGGUCAACACAGGCUUCCUUAUGUCCUCCUACAAGGUGGAAGCCAAAGGAGAGUCCGACCGUCUGACUGAGGAUCAGCUGUCGCAGAUGAUCAACAAAACUGAGCUGGUUAAAAUCACAGACCAGCUCCGACCUGCUGGGAGCUGGGCCUUUUGGUACCCAGAGUCAGAGAUGGACAAAACAGAGUUGGAAACGGGACAGGAAGUCCGACUGAAGACCAGAGGAAACAGUCCUUUUAUCUUCUCUUUAGCCAAAGUGGACAGCGGGACCGUGACCAAAUGCAACUUUGCUGGAGAUGAAAAGGCCGGCGCCUCGUGGACUGACAAGAUAAUGGCCAACAAAACAGAUGGCAGCAGCUCUCAGAGGCCUGGCGCUGCAGGGGAGGGAGCCGAGGAGGACGAAUGGGAGUUCUGCAUGUGACUGGAUUUAUUGCUCAUAAGCUGACCUGCAUUUCUCUUCAGGAUGAUUGAAGACAAGGUCCUGCUCCAUCCUGGGUUCUGAUCCAGUCUUCAGGGUUAAACGGUUUUCAUCCUGCAUCGAAGAUUGCAACUGCAGUGCUUUAAAAAAAAAAAAUAAUAAAAAGUAUAUUUUUGUUUUAUCUUUUGAAUUAAAUGGCCUCAUUUAUAAAAAUUUGACUGCCACACACAACCUGAAUAGCGUCAUUAAUCACUGUAACAAAGUUAUUUUCUUGAUCAUUUUUUUUGUUUCUUUCACAGAACAGAGCUCCUUGAGUUCUUGUUGUUUUUGCCCCACUUGUCUGAAAAUGAAGCUCAGGCACAUAACACAAGAUUUCUUUCCCAAAUUUAUUCCGCAUUAGGGAAAAGUUCAAAGUCUCUUUCCAAGCAGCCAGAUUUUCUCAAAAUCUUGAAGGUCAUUCAAAACCCUUCAUCACAAACAGCCCCUUUUAAAUUUUUAUGGUUUCUUUUUAAGUUGAUUGUUUCUGAAUAUGGAUUAAACAUUUUCUAUAACAUU